AAAAAAAAAACCUCUCACAUUUGUUGACAAAAUGGUCAUGGGUAAAGCUCUAAUAAAAAAGAUAUAAACAUAAUAAUGAACAUUUCAGAAAACCGACUAACAUGGGUUCGAGCCAGCUGGCAACAACAAAGCAAACGCGUGCGCCCCAGCUGACUUGGAUCGCAUUGAUUGACUGGUAAAGUCUGUAUCACAUGAAAAUGUUGAAAUGGAACCCUUUGAUCGAAUGGUACUGGAAUCCCUGGGGUCGGCCACUUUGGAUGUACAAAAAAGUCAAAUAUGGAGUCUGAGGCAAACCAAGAAGAUGACAUUUGAUGGAAGGCACCCAUGUCAAUAAGUUGCCGAGAUUAUUGGAAGUUAAAGCAGAUGGUUUUAAUUUUCAAAACCCAGCCGAAGACAUGCAUGCAAGAGAUCCAAAGAGCUAGAUCGAUUAAGCUUCCAUCAUCACUUUAAUAAAUUUAGUCCGUGUGAUCGACAAGUUUCUGUUGUUUAUAGUUUAGAAGUAUUGCAUCCUACUAUUUAGAUUAUGCCUUUAUGCUUGUUUGCCUAGCUAUGAAUGUCGAACCAUCACUAAAUUAUAAUCAACUUCCUGUUAUUUUUCUCCAGGAUACGAAAAAUGACUUUUGGUACCUGAAGCUCCUAAUUACAACUUUAUUUCUCGGCCUGCAGGUUAUCCUUGGAAAUUCCGAAGCAAGGUAGUACAAUAUAUCCAAUAAGAAGACGGUAAAUAAACCACUAAGCUAAACUAGAAAGAUCGAAAGGUCCAACUCUUCUACAUGUAAACACGUAACUAAGGAAUAUCGAUACAUGGGAAGAUGAAUAUCCCACCUUAGAUUACAAACAAGACUCAGUGACCGGCCGGCCAGUUAGUAGAGCGUACUGGUCUAUAAAACUAUGGGUGCUUGAAGUUUUUAAGUGCUGAACUGUACAAAACGGAAACAUGAGUUCAGGUACACAAGUAGAGGUUGCACCAACUUUUGCUCCAUCUCUGCCAGUGCCAAAUGUUCAAGAGAUUGUGAGGACUGACCCUUUGCAGGUCCCCGAACGAUACCUUAGGGAUCAAGAAGCGAUUCCAGAGAAUAAAGGUCAUACUACUUCUGACCUAUCUACGGAGAUUCCUAUCAUUGAUUUUCCUCUUCUUUCGAAAGGGAACAAGGAGGAGCUUGACAAAUUGGACAUGGCUUGCCAAGAAUGGGGAUUCUUUCAGGUAGUAAAUCAUGGAGUGGAAAAAGAAGUGUUGCAGGGCAUGAAGGAUGUUGCGGCCAAGUUUUUUGAGCUUCCUCUGGAAGAGAAGAAUAAGGUUGCUAUGCCUUCAGAUGACAUACAAGGCUACGGCCAUGCCUAUGUGGUUUCUGAAGACCAGAUUCUGGAUUGGUCUGAUGCAUUGAUUCUCAUCGUGUACCCAACUCAUUAUAGAAAGCUUCAGUUUUGGCCAGCAGUACCAGAGAAAUUCAAGGAGGUUCUUGAUACAUAUUCUAGUGAAGUUAAAAGAGUAGGAGAGGAGCUUCUAAUGUCUCUAUCGAUACUCAUGGGAAUGGAGAAGGAUUCUCUUAUUGGCCUCCAUAACCAGUUUUUACAAGGUGUGAGGGUGAACUACUAUCCUCCAUGCUCCAUGCCUCAUAAAGUACUAGGACUGAGUCCACACUCGGACACGAGCACUAUAACCAUACUUAUGCAAGAGGACGAUGUCACCGGUUUGCAGAUUCAGAAAGGAGGAGAAUGGGUGUCAGUCGAGCCAAUUCCAAACGCUCUUGUUGUGAAUGUUGGAGAUGUUCUUGAGAUAUGGACUAAUGGGAAGUACAAGAGCAUUGAGCACAGAGCUGUGACGACCAAAAACAAGGCGAGGUUAUCCUAUGCAACAUUUCUUUCCCCACAUGACGAUGUGGAAGUUGAACCAAUUUAUGAUAUUGUGGAGUCACAUAUGAUGUACAAGAAAGUCAGAUAUGGAGAUUAUCUCAGACAGUCCAUGAAGAUGAAGCAUGCGGGGAAGGCACACACUCAAAUGGCGAAGAUCGAAAGCUAAGCAGAUGUUUCUGUUUUCGGAAGCUUAGAGAAAAGAUUAAGAGAGAAUUUAGUCUCAAGUCUUCCAUCAUGACUUUUUUUUUUUUUGAAAGAUGAGUGAAAGAGAGGAGUAACCUCCCUAACACUAUUGAAUUAAUCAAAGAAAGAGAGGGGGACAAAACCAAAACCUCGCGAAGCAAACUAACAAUGAUAUAAAACUAGCAAAACCGAAACUGAGAAGACCCAAAAUGUCACUAUUA